AUGUCAGACUAUCCGCAAAUAAACGCUUCCUUCGUUGAAACACUGCAGAAUAUUGCUAACAAGUUGAGAAUAUACUCAAUUACUUCCACGAAUGCCAGCAAUUCUGGACAUCCAACAUCAUGUGCCUCUGCAGCAGAAGUUGUGUCAACUCUUUUUUUCUAUGCCAUGAGGUACAAAUCUUCUGAACCGAGAAGUGCUUGCAACGAUAGAUUUGUUCUGUCAAAGGGCCAUGCAGCUCCAGUGUUGUACGCGGCGUGGGCAGAGGUGGGCCUGCUGGAUGUGAAGGACCUCAACAAACUGCGUACCUUAGAUUCAGAUCUUGAGGGACACCCAACUCCUAGGUUGAACUUCAUUGAUGUUGCAACAGGAUCACUGGGUCAGGGACUCAGUUGUGCAGCUGGCAUGGCUUAUGUUGCUAAAUACAUAGACAAAGCCAAGUACCGAGUGUUUUGUUUGAUUGGAGAUGGAGAAAGUGCUGAAGGGUCCAUAUGGGAGGCCAUCCACUUUUCAAGUUACUACCAUCUGGACAACCUGGUGGCAAUCAUUGACAUCAAUAGGUUUGGUCAGAGUGAGCCAACGUCACUGCAACAUGAUAUGGAAACCUACCAACAAAGAUUUGAAGCAUUUGGGUGGCAUGCAGAAGUCGUCGAUGGUCAUAAUGUUGAACAGCUAUGCAAAGCAUUCCUAAAGGCUGCAAACUUAAAGGGUAAGCCAUUCUGCAUUUUGGCAAAAACAUUCAAAGGAAAGGGAAUCUCAAGUAUUGAAGACCAAGACAAUUGGCAUGGCAAGCCACUUGGUGACAAGGCAGAAGAGGUUCUUGAGGAAUUGAAACAAAAAGUGACCAAUUGGGCACCACACAAUCUGAAACCUCUUUCCCCUUUGGAGAAUAUAACUGAAAUGGAAUUUGGUCAAAUAAAAAUUGAUGGAAGCCCUUCUUAUAAAAAAGGAGAAUGUGUUGCUACAAGGCAAGCAUAUGGCAAUGCAUUAGCUAGAUUGGGAAAGGUCAACAAUCGUCUAAUAGCCUUAGAUGGAGAUAUGAAAAACUCAACAUUUUCUAUGAAACUCAAGGAGGUCAGACCAGAUCAAUUCAUAGAAUGCUUCAUUGCGGAACAAAACCUUGUUGGGGUGGCCAUUGGUUGUGCAACUCGUAAUAGGUGUGUCACAUUUGCCAGUUCAUUUGCUUGCUUUCUCUCAAGAGCUUAUGAUCAAAUAAGAAUGGGAGCAAUCUCUCAAACAAAUGCCAACUUUUGUGGCUCUCAUUGUGGAGUUUCUAUAGGUGAGGAUGGGCCUUCACAGAUGGGUCUUGAAGACUUGGCUAUGUUUAGAGCCAUACCAACGUGCACUGUCUUCUACCCAAGUGAUGCUGUUUCUACCGAGAGAGCUGUUGAACUUGCAGCUAACACAAAAGGUAUUUGUUACAUAAGAACAAGCAGACCCACUGUUCCACAUUUUUAUGAUAACAAUGAAAAAUUUGAAAUUGGAAAAGCUAAGGUAUUGCGUGAGUCUAACUCUGAUCAAGUUACGAUUAUUGCUGCUUGUGUCACGUUGGUGGAAGCUUUCAAAGCGGCAGAUGAACUUGCAAAGUCAUCAAUUGGUGUGAAGAUCGUCGAUCCCUUCACCAUCAAGCCCAUCGAUAGAGACACCAUCUUGUGCUGUGCCAAAAGAACUGGAGGAAGAAUCUUGGUGGUUGAAGAUCAUUACCCAGAAGGUGGCAUUGGUGAGGCCGUAACCAGUUCAUUGAGAAUGGAAAGAAACAUAAUCAUCAAACAUUUAGCUGUGAAUGGAGUUCCAAGAAGUGGCAAACCUCAUGAACUACUGGCCUUGUUUGGCAUUGAUGCUCAGAGCAUAGUGUCUGCCGUCAAGGAAAUCAUCAAUCUUUAA